GCCUCUCUGUUUCCCUGGAGAUGCUUUCGGCGUCCCCUCUCUCCGCGCCGGCGCAGCCAGGCCUCGGAAUCACUUACAGAGGAGGGGGCGGCGCCGACGCCCAGCACCUGCCGCCGGUGGGGGACUCACUUCAGUGGAAGGGAAAACUGGAGUUGUUUCCCUGGGCGAGUGCACCGAGGCUGAAGUCUAUAAGCCUGGAGAGACCAUCAGCAGUAAUCUGCAAAUUCCGAAAUGACCACCCUGCCCCCACUGCCCAUGACACGCCCGAAGCUUACAGCCUUAGCCAGACAGAAGCUGCCUUGCUCCUCCAGAAAAAUUCCAAGGUCUCAAUUGAUCAAAGAAAAAGAUGACAUAGAUCAUUAUCUACAGGUGAAUUUCAAAGGAUUGUCAAAAGAGGAGGUUGCUGCUUAUAGGAACUCCUACAAGAAGAACAUCUGUGUGGACAUGCUGCGAGAUGGUUAUCAUAAGUCCUUCACUGAGCUCUUCGCUCUGAUGGAGCAGUGGGAUGCCCUGAGGGAGGCUGCGAGAGUCAGGUCCCUCUUCUGGCUGCAGAAGCCCCUGGAGGAGCAGCCUGAUAAACUGGAUUACUUCUACCAUUACCUGACCAGGGCUGAGGACGCUGAGAGAAAAAAAUCCUUCGAAGAUGUAUAUAACAACUUGUAUGCUCUGGCCUGUUACUUCAAUAACCCUGAAGACAAGUGGGUAAGGAACCACUUCUAUGAACGAUGUUUUAAGAUUGCUCAGCUGAUCAAAAUUGACGGUGGGAAGAAAGAAGCCGAGGCACACAUGCAUAUGGGUCUUCUCUACGAGGAAGAUGGUCAGCUUCUGGAAGCUGCUGAGCAUUAUGAAGCAUUCCAUCAAUUGACGCAGGGGCGGAUAUGGAAGGAUGAGACAGGCCGCUCUCUCAACUUGUUGGCCUGUGAGAGUCUCCUGAGGACUUACAGAUUACUCUCAGACAAAAUGCUGCAAAAUAAAGAAUACAAACAGGCCAUCAAAAUUCUAAUAAAAGCUUCUGAAAUAGCCAAAGAAGGAAGUGACAAAAAGAUGGAAGGGGAAGCCUCUUACUACUUGGGCUUAGCACACUUAGCUGCUGAGGAAUAUGAAACUGCAUUAACAGUCCUUGACACUUACUGUAAAAUCUCCACAGAACUGGAUGAUGAUCUCAGCCUGGGGAGAGCCUAUGAAGCCAUAGCCAAGGUCCUGCAGAGCCAAGGAAAUACGACAGAAGCAAUUAAAUACUUGAAAAAAUUUGUGAAAAUUGCAAGAAACAAUUUUCAAAGCCUAGAUUUUGUGAGAGCAAGUACAAUGCUUGGGGACAUCUACAAUGAAAAAGGACACUACAACAAAGCUUCUCAACGCUUUCAGCAAGCUUUUGACACAACAGUAGAGCUAAUGAGCAUGCCUCUGAUGGAUGAGACAAAAGUUCACUAUGGAAUAGCAAAAGCUCAUCAGAUGAUGCUUACAGUGAACAACUAUAUAGAGUCUGCAGAUCUCACCAGCCUCAACUACCUGCUGUCAUGGAAGGAGAGCAGAGGUGACAUUGAACCUGAUCCAGUUACUGAAGAGUUUCGAGGAUCCACGGUGGAAACUGUAUCUCAAAACUCAGAACAUUUGGAAGAACUCAGUAGAUUUCCAGGUGAUCAAAAAAAUGAAACUUAAAGCAGCUUUUCACUUAACAUCAAAGCGAGAAGGAAUCCAUCAUGUCACCUUAGACUUCAAUACUUGUAAUAGAAACAUGUUACAGACAAUAUAAAGUUAUAAAAAAACUGACUGUGACUCUUUUCAUUGGA